AUGGGAAAGAAAAAGGGAGGAAAUAAAAACAAGCUCGCCAAAAUGUCCGACGAAGAGCGGGCCCGAUAUUUGCAGCACCGUGCCGACAUGGAGGAGGAAGCGAGACGCCGCAAACAGCAACUAAUAGCCACGUUUAUGAAAAACAAGCUAAAACGGGAGGAUGCCUUUGCGCGGCUUAAUCUGGCCAAAAUCAACCAAGAGUGGCGCUCCAUUUUGCGUAACAUCAAGUGCAAGGAGCUGAAGGAGGAGGUGGAAGCGGUGGAGAAAACUUGCACCGAGUGUAUCGAGAACAAGAAUGCCGUCAUCAAGCGGUUGUUGUGUGAUUUGGACGAGUCGGAAGAUUUAUACUCCACCAUGCUCCACGCGCAUAUGGAGCGCGUAGAGAAGAUCAUACGUAUUCAUAACGAUCGUGUCAACUUUCUCAUGGAGCUGUACGAGCUGGAUAAGAAGGAAAUCAUCGAAAACUACGAGCGGGAGAUGGAGCUGUACAAAUCGAAAAAGUUCGAGCUACAGAAGGAUCUGGAGUGUGUAUUUUACGGUCUUGCCGAGAAGGCACGCACCGAUCGGAUCCGUAACGAGGAGGAACACAUGCUCAAGAAGGACGAGCUGAAGAACUCGAUGAUACUGAAGCUGGAAAUGAUCACCAAAGAGCGUGAGCGUGAAAUGGAACGUCUGUGGAAAGAGUUCCAACGGGUGCUGAAUCUCUAUCUACGCAACACGGAAGAGUACCGGAACGAGUACAACACGCUGCGUGAUCAAGACUCCAGCGACACGAAAAACAUCCAGGAUCACUACGCCGAGGUUGCCCGGCUAAGCGAUCAAAUAGCUGAUCUGCGAUUAAAGCUGGCCACCCUGAAGGAGGAGCACGAGUUCAACAUGAAACAGAUGCAGAAGAGCAAGACGGAAUUGCAGCUUCGUGUGCAAAAUCUUAAGCAAGAGAUGGAACUCGGUACGCGCCUGGACCAGGAACAGCUGAAAACGCUCGCUGUGUACAGCAACGACGCGAUCAAACAUCUGCAAGGCAUGCUGAAGAAGGUGAAAUCUAUCUAUCAGAUAGCGAGCUUCUGCAAAAAGUACGAAACCGAAUCAGAAGAUCUGCUACCGUUCGUUCAGCGUCCCAAGGAGUCCCAGGGAGGACCGGCGGAGCCGCCGGGCUCGGAGCGAGCACUCGCCUUACCAUCCACCACCGAACCAACGAUGGAUUCCUUCAAGCGCGAGGUGUUUGACACGGCCGAACUGUUCGAAAGUUUCUGGAUGCGGUUCAACAAGGCACGCAUUGAUGUGGCGUGUCUGCGCGAGGAAAAGCAACAGCUGAUAGACCGGAACGAGCAGCUGAAGGCACAUCUGAAGGACUACCUCAUCACGGUGAACAUGAACAGUGGUGGACCGGUAGAAUCGCACGUAGAUCUGCUCACCAAACGACCGACCUCGAUGAAGAUCGAGAAGCUGGUACGCAUCGACGAGCAGGUGUUGGUGCAGGAAGGGACGCGGAAAACGGUACGGUUCCGAGCCGGUGGAGAGCGUACCGAUCAGCGACCCGUCACCUGCAUCGAAGGGAACCUCAGCAAUGCGAUCCGGAACGAGCGACUGUUGGGGGUUCGGGCGAAAUCUUCCGAUAUCUACUCCAUGGUGCGUAAUACCGCAUAA